GGGACUUCCGCUUGAGCAUACCCGGAAGUCGAGGAUGCGCGUCUAAACCGCUUGAUGCUAUAUCCAUAUGCCCGCUACGUAAACACGUUUUCAUACAAAUUCGGUGGUGCUUCUUUACAAAAAAUAGAUAUAUAUUUGCCACAAUGUUAUCGUUUGAUUUUCUUGACGAUGUUCGUCGGAUGAACAAGCGGCAGCUCUAUUACCAGGUGCUCAACUUUGGUAUGAUAGUUUCCUCUGCUCUGAUGAUUUGGAAAGGACUCAUGGUUGUCACCGGCAGUGAGAGCCCCAUUGUGGUUGUACUCAGUGGCAGCAUGGAACCAGCUUUCCACCGAGGAGACCUCCUCUUCCUGACCAACCGUGUCGAAGACCCAAUCAGAGCUGGAGAGAUCGUCGUCUUCAGGAUAGAGGGCAGAGAGAUCCCCAUAGUUCACAGAGUAGUUAAAGUUCACGAAAAGGAAAAUGGCGACAUUAAGUUCUUGACCAAAGGGGACAAUAAUGCCGUGGAUGAUCGAGGUCUGUACAAGCCGGGACAACACUGGCUGGAGAAAAAGGAUGUGGUGGGACGUGCUCGGGGUUUUGUGCCAUACAUCGGAAUCGUCACCAUUCUCAUGAACGAUUACCCCAAGUUCAAAUACGCCGUUCUCUUCGUUCUGGGUCUUUUUGUGUUGGUCCACCGGGAGUGAUGAUGAUAACAACGUCCAGGAAACCUCAAUGAGUUCACGCGCAAGUUCUGUCCAGCUCAGCCAGCUUAUCGUUUUUCUAUCUUUUUUUUUUUUUUUUUAGAACAUUUCGUAAAAAUGGGGUGAUAUGGGGCAUAAAUCCAAGCUUUACAAAAAACAUUUUGAGGGAACGAGGCUGUUAUUUGAAAGUGUGGUCAUAAACGGCAUACUUAAAAGUGGAUGUAAGCCCUGUUUCUUUUUUUGUUUAGUCUUUGUCUUUGAAAAAGUAUUUUAUGAUGACUUUGAACAUUAUUAAAUAUGGCAUCUGGUUACCAUC